UCAUGAACAUGUGCCUCAUGUUCUAAGAAGCGAUAAUCUCAUUUUCUUAUCAAAUUGUAUUUAAAUUGCAUCUUCGAUUAGAAUUCAAUCAGUCGUCAUUUUUCACUCAAUUGAACAAAAUGUUUAAAUUUCUGAUAUUCACAACUUGUGCCAUUUUAGUCACAAAUGCCCUGCCUUAUGGAGCAUCACGAGGCGGAGGUCAACAAGUAAUUAUUCAAGAGCAAGACAAUCAUCUUCACGGAUCGGGACGAGGCGGAGGUUUGAACACAGUUGUUGUCGAUCAAGGCGGUUUGGGCUACGGAAGUGGCUUUGGGAGCCAAGGAAGACAAAGUACGACAAUUGUUCGACCAAAUGGCGGCCAUGGAGGUUUCCAAGAUGGAAGUGUGAUAAUUAAAGAGAAUCAAAGCGGAUUCGGACAUGGCGGUGGCUCAACGACAAUCAUUAAAGAUCAAGGAUUCGGAGGACAUCAUCAUGGAAGUCAUCAUGGCGGAAGUUUCGGACAUGGAGGAGGAAUUCAAGAUGGAAGUUUAAUUAUCAAAAAUAACCAAGGAGGUUACGGAAGCGGAGGCAUUCGUGAUGGAAGUUUGAUAAUUAAGAACAAUCCAGGUCAUCAAGGAGGAUUCCAAGACGGAACUUUGAUCAUUAACAAUCAACAAGGCGGUUUGGGAGGUCAUGGGCAUGGACAUCAUCAUGGUCAUGGCAGUGGAUCCACAACGAUCGUUUCUCAACCUUCGGGAGGUUAUGGAUCUGGCGCAUAUCCAACAGUCAUUGGACAACCAGGAGGCUUUGGAGGCUCUCAAACGAUAAUUAAAGAAGAUUCAGGAUUUGGCGGAUCAAAAACGAUUAUUAAAGAAAAUAAUAGUGGAUUCGGUCAAGGCGGUUAUGGUUCUCAUGGAUAUCAUGGCUAAAAAUGUGAUUAAAAAUAGAAAAAAAAAUAAAAAUAGAAGUAUUUAGUAAAUAAAAAUGCAAAAGUGAAAGGUCAACAUGUCACGUGUUUAAAAUUUUAUU